AAAUCUGGUCCCAUUCAACCAUAGCAGCGAAACAAAACUCAACAAACUAAUAAAAUUCAGAGUAAAAUUGUCAAUAAUUUCGGGUACCAAUUCGAAACAGAUUCCUUUCAACGAAUUUAACUUAAUUCCAAAGGCUGAAGUACCUGCAUUUAGUACAGGCUAUCCAAAUUAAUCGGGUUAAUUAGAAAGAAAUGGCACGCGGACACCAGAAGAUCCAAUCGCAGGCGAAGGCCUCUGAAAAACAGGCGAAACUCAAGAAGCAGCAGGGACACAGUGCCAACGACCAGAAAAAGGCGGCUCAGAAGGCACUCGUCUAUGUGUGCGCCGUUUGCAAGUCUCAAAUGCCCGAUCCCAAGACUUACAAGCAGCAUUUCGAGAACAAGCAUCCCAAGAACGACAUGCCCGAGGAGCUGAAGGAAGUCUGAUGGCCGAUUCGGCCGUGCGCAUAUAUAAAUAUAUAUAUGUAGUUUAACGAGAUGGACGAGUUGCCUACCAGUACGAAACCUUUGCAACAAUAACUUUACAUCAGCCCGAAGGAGAAUCCAACAAUCAAGCCGAAGCCAAGAGGAUGGAUAAUAGUAAUAAUAAAUAUAUUUGCCAAUUUUUUGUAUACACAA